GGUGGUGUCGUCUUCCUCCUCUUCCAGCAGACGCCGUCAUCCAGUUGUCCAUCUUCAUCUCCUUACUUGCUCACCCUUACCCCCACCCCAUUCCAAAACCCUAAACCCCAUUCCAAACCUCCCCGCCCCCGCCGACGCCAUGCAGUCCCUGGCGCUCACACCCCCCUCUCUCCCCGCCUCCGGCCCCACCCCCGCCUCCGGCCGUCGCCUCGCCACGCGUGUCCGCGCCGCCUCGGCCGUCUCCGACGAGCCCAAGCUCAACAAGUACAGCGCGCGCAUCACGGAGCCCAAGUCGCAGGGGGCGUCGCAGGCCGUGCUCUACGGCGUCGGCCUCACCGACGCCGACCUCCGCAAGCCGCAGGUCGGGGUCUCCUCCGUCUGGUAUGAGGGGAACACCUGCAACAUGCACCUGCUCCAGCUCGCCGAGGCCGUGCGCGACGGAAUCCGCGACGCCGGCAUGGUCGCCUUCCGCUUCAACACCGUCGGGGUCAGCGACGCCAUAUCCAUGGGCACCAGGGGCAUGUGCUACAGCCUCCAGUCGCGCGACCUCAUCGCCGACAGCAUAGAGACCGUCAUGGGCGCGCAGCACUACGACGCCAACAUCUCAAUCCCUGGGUGCGAUAAGAACAUGCCAGGUACAAUAAUGGCAAUGGGACGGCUAAAUCGACCAAGUAUCAUGGUUUAUGGUGGAACUAUUAAGCCUGGGCACUUUCAGGGCAAUUCGUAUGACAUAGUAUCUGCAUUCCAGAGCUACGGAGAAUUUGUUAGUGGGUCAAUCAGCGAUGAGGAAAGAAAGAAUGUACUCCGCAACUCAUGCCCAGGAGCAGGUGCUUGUGGCGGUAUGUACACAGCAAACACAAUGGCAUCUGCCAUCGAGACAAUGGGCAUGAGCCUUCCAUACAGCUCUUCAACACCUGCUGAAGACUCAUUAAAGCUAGAUGAAUGCCGUCUUGCUGGGAAGUAUCUCUUAGAAUUGUUAAAGAUGGAUUUGAAGCCUAGAGACAUUAUAACUGAGAAGUCAUUGCGGAACGCAAUGGUUAUUAUCAUGGCACUUGGUGGGUCUACUAAUGCUGUACUGCAUUUGAUUGCUAUUGCCAGGUCUGUGGGUUUGCAAUUAACUCUUGAUGAUUUCCAGAAGGUCAGCGACCAAGUUCCUUUUCUUGCAGAUCUUAAGCCUAGCGGAAAGUAUGUCAUGGAGGAUCUGCAUAAGAUUGGUGGAACACCUGCAGUAAUUCAUUAUCUCUUGGAGCAAGGUCUUCUUGAUGGGGAUUGUAUGACUGUCACUGGAAAAACUCUAGCGGAAAAUGCUAAAAUAUUCCCACCUUUAUCGGAAGGACAGCAAAUAAUACGACGGCUCGACAAUCCUAUCAAAUCAACUGGGCAUAUACAGAUACUUUAUGGCAAUCUUGCACCAGAAGGCUCUGUAGCAAAAAUAACUGGCAAGGAGGGACUGUUUUUCUCAGGCCCUGCACUAGUUUUUGAAGGUGAAGAAUCAAUGAUUACAGCUAUAUCAGAAAACCCAGCAAAUUUCAAGGGAAAGGUUGUAGUGAUCCGAGGAGAAGGACCAAAAGGAGGUCCAGGGAUGCCUGAAAUGUUGACUCCAACAAGUGCAAUAAUGGGGGCUGGUCUUGGGAAGGAGUGUGCCCUGCUGACAGAUGGUAGAUUUUCUGGGGGGUCGCAUGGAUUUGUUGUGGGCCACGUAUGUCCUGAAGCACAGGAAGGAGGCCCAAUUGGUCUUGUUGAGGACGGUGAUACAAUCACGAUCGACGUCGUGAAGAAAGUAAUUGAUGUUGAUCUGACGGAAGACCAGCUCGAACAAAGGCGAAGGAAAUGGAGCCCGCCGCCACACAAGGUUACCAGUGGAGCACUUUGGAAGUACAUAAAGCUUGUGUCUUCAGCCUCAAGCGGGUGCGUCACCGACGAGUAGGGUCCAUCCUGUAUUGUGCUAAUUCGAGUAAAGUUUGCAUCGCUAUAGCGGAGAUCGAUUCGUUUAAGGGCGUUUAUUUUUGCAAGUGUACUUUCUUUUUGGGUAGUAAUGGUAGCUCUGGGACAAUAAAGGUGCCCGUUUCCAGUGGCUUGAGGAAGGCCAGAGGGAAUUGGUGGUAAGGAUUAAUGAUCUAGUGUUGUUGUGGUGGUGAAUUAGACAGCUUUGAGUUUAUCCUCUGUAAUGGUUGUUGGGACCCCCAAAUUCAUGUGAAACUUGAAGCUGCUUUGUUUGGUCA